AAUAACACAUUUGUUAAAGGAACAAUUGUUUCACGACCUAAUCAACCACCUGUCUUUACAAGAAAUGUAAUAGGAAAAGAAAGUGAUACAGAAGAGCCACCGCCAAUAUUUACAGAAGAACCAAAAGAUACAGAAAAACGAAUAGAAUUUAAUCCA